AUGUACAGUGGCAUGAUUGCUGGCCAACAACAUCAACAUCGCGACACUUUGAGCCUAUGCCCAGAUCAAGUUCUCAUCCCACAGUCCAAUUGCGACGCGCCCAAGAUGAAUAUCCUUCUCCUCCUCGAUACUUCGCCUUCCAGGAGCAUCAGACUCCAGUUGGCCACUGCCCUCAAGUCUAGAUCUAUUGUACAUGUCGCACAUAAUUUCUCGCAUAAUUGGCCUAGCCUGCUUGGAGAUAUCAAGGCUUUGCUCAUGCGUAGCGCCAAUAUCAACCAGGUUCAUGCAGGAUGCAAUGCUGCUCUUGAGGCGAUUCGGGCAUUUAGGUUCAGACAAAAGAGUAAAGCGUUAACACAAAUCGUGACUGAUAUUUUCCCCACCCUCGUCGGCCUUGCUUCUCAGAUAAUUCAAACGGUUCCAAGCACUGUGCAAGAGAUCCUGACGAUGUUGUAUCUCAUUCUGAAGACAUACAAGACCAGCAUCAUCGUGACAGUACUUUACCCUCCCCCAUGA